UUUUUUAGAAACGUAGCUGUUGGUGGAGGAAUUGUUCUGCUUCUAGCUGAAACUCAAGAGGAAAAAUCUUCGCUUUUUGCUGGAGUGCCAACAAUGGGUGAUACAAACAAACCAAAAUCUUAUAUGUUACUAGCAGGACGAGUGCUUUUAAUCUUCAUGUUUACGUCCCUACUACACUUUGAAAUGAGCUUUUUACAGGUGAUUGAAAUUGUAGUCGGAUUUGCAUUGAUCAUGUUAGUUUGUGUUGGAUAUAAAACGAAGCUAUCAGCCAUGUUUCUCGUUGUUUGGCUGUUUGGAUUGAAUCUUUGGCUGAACGCUUGGUGGACCAUUCCUUCAGACCGUUUCUACCGUGAUUUCAUGAAAUAUGAUUUCUUCCAGACAAUGUCUGUAAUCGGAGGUUUACUUCUCGUUAUUGCCUACGGUCCAGGCGGUGUGUCUGUGGAUGACUACAAAAAGCGAUGGUAA